AUGGCGGCUACUGGGGCCCCUGAGUUAUGCACGGAUCACUUGGUUUGGUGCGUUGAGUCGGUGGAAGCCGGGAUGGAUGCCUUCGAGGCCCUAACCGGUGUCAGGCCGUGUAUUGGUGGACAACACCUUGGUUUUGGGACUCACAAUGCCUUGGUCUCCCUGGGCGAAGGGGUGUAUUGUGAGCUCCUUGCACAGGACCCAUCUCAACCUGUGGGAACAUGGCUUGGGAUUGAUUGUCCCAAGAAGCCGCGGCUCACGACUUUCUGUGUCCAACGCUCGGAUGGAAAGGGGGAGUUGGGCGAAACAGUCGAGGCUGCGACGAAAGCAGGGUACGAUGUGGGCUCGGUCCAGGAUUUCUCGAGGCAGAAUACAGAAGGGAAGACCCUGAGAUGGCGUUUGGCUUCUGAUCAUCACAGGGCAGGAUUUGCAUCGCUUCCAAUGGCAGGUCUUGUGCCAUUUGCGGUUGACUGGUCUCCGAAUCGCGCUGAGGGCAUGAGGCAUCCUUCGGAAGUCGCUCCCGGGGGCUGCCGGCUUGUGGAGCUACGGGCCUCGCAUCCAGACCCACCAGCUCUACAGAAAGCCUUGGAUGCCCUGAAUGUCCGGGGUGUGAUUGUGCAGACCUCUGAGCCCGGUAGCGAGCCCCGCUUAGAAGCUCUUUUGGACACACCGAAGGGCCGAAUUACAUUGGCGUAG